AUGUCCCCAAGUACCCAAGGCGAAGGAGGAAGAGACGAAAAGAAAGAAAAAAGACAAGUUCCUUCUCAGCGACAAAACCACCCCUCCCCCUGCUUAGUCGCGCGCCCCGCCAACAACCCCGCCCCCUCCUUGCCAUUGCUCGACACAUACACACGACGCACAUUGGCGAUGAUGAUGGCGUUGAUGAUGCCACUGGCGAUGGAGGGAGGAAAGAACCGCAGACGUGGAAAGAACGAGUCUGACCACGAGAAGCGUGAGCUCACCUUCAAGGAGGAUGGCCAAGAAUACGCCCAAGUCGUAAAGAUGCUCGGCAACGGCCGCCUCGAAGCCCAGUGCUUCGACGGCGUCAAGCGCCUCGCCAACAUCCGCGGCAAGCUCCGCAAAAAGGUCUGGAUCAACCAGGGCGACAUCAUCCUCCUCUCCCUGCGCGAGUACCAGGACGACAAGGGCGACGUCAUCCUCAAGUACACCGCCGACGAGGCCCGCUCCCUCAAGGCCUACGGCGAGCUCCCCGAGUCCGCCAAGAUCAACGAGACGGACACCUACGGCGCCGACGGCGACGGCGACUGCAACUUUGAGUUCGACGACGACCGCGACUCGGAGGAGAGCGAGGACGAGGGCGCCGCUGGUGGCGCCGGCAAGAAGGAGGUCGACAUUGAUGACAUUUAA